UGAAUACUUGUUGAAUCAGGAGAAAUUGCGAAAGUCACGGUUUAAAAUUGAUAAAAUGUUCCUUUAAGACCUCAAAGGUGAAAGACCAGAGCGCUCUACAGGCACAUGAAAUAACCACUGUGAACAGUUUUCUCUCAGUGACAGCUGCUGCUGUGAGCAAAUUCAACUCAUUACCAGCCCACUACAUGCAUAUCACAUCAUUCUCUCUCUCUCUCUCCCUCUCCCUCUCUUUCCCACUUUCAUUUUCUCCUGAGUCUUUAUUUCACUCUUUGUUCCCUUCUCUUCUGCGGCCUGCACAUGGGUUAGCACAGGAUAAAGCAUUAGUGGAUAAACCCCUUUCGGGAAAGGUGAUGAGUCAGGUAGAUCUGCAUGUGUGUCUGCAUGUGUGUGAGAGGAAGAGAUCUGACUCUCAGCAGGUUUAGUGACAGCCUCACUGAGGGAAUCACUGAGCUCUCUGUGGCUGUCGGUCACUUCUGCCUCCUCGUUGCACCUUUUCUCUGUAGCUUUUUCAGCAUCGCACACAUUUCUCCUUCCCACCUCCUUACCUUUCCACUGUGUCACCAUGGAUAUUGGUGGCUUGUCGACAGUGGUGGCCAACUCUGCCUACAUCUCAGCCCGCGGGAGCUUUGAUGGCACUGCCAACCCUACAGCCAACCGAGACAAGAAGUACCACUCACGCCUGAAGCUGCCUCACAUCACAGUGUGCGAGGGUCUGAGGGAAACCUUAGACCUCGGCUUUCAGACGGUCUGCGUGGAGCAGCCCAUUGGCAAACGUCUUUUCCAGGAGUUCCUAGAUUCCAACAAUGAUUAUAAAGGCCCCUGCCGCCUGUGGAAGGAUAUUGAGGACUACAACAUGGCUGAGGAUGAGGAUAGAGUCAAAAAAGCCAGCAAGAUCCUGUCCCGGUACAUGGAGCCUGUUGCUAAGUAUUUCUGCCCCUUCCUGCCAGAGAAUGGCAUCACAAAGGUCAAAGAGAAACACCAGGAAGCCGGCGAUGAUCUAUUAAAUGAGACUAUGGACAAUGUGAUGGACUUUCUCAAGGAAGUACCCUACACUUUCUUCCUGGAGACCAUGUAUCUGAAGAGGUUUCUACAGUGGAAGUGGCUGGAGAUGCAGCCAAUGGAAGAGGACGGGUUUUUGGAUUUCCGUGUUUUGGGGAAAGGGGGUUUUGGGGAAGUGUCUGCCUGUCAGACGAAGGCCACGGGGAAACUGUAUGCCUGCAAAAAGCUCAAUAAGAAGAGGCUGAAGAAGAGAAAAGGAUACGAGGGGACAAUUGUGGAGAAGAGGAUCUUGGCACGAGUUCACAGCAGGUUCAUUGUCUCCUUGGCUUACGCCUUCCAGUCAAAAACAGAGCUGUGUUUGAUCAUGACUAUCAUGAAUGGAGGAGACCUGAGGUAUCACAUCUAUAAUGUUGACGAGAACAACCCAGGUUUUGAUGAGCCAAGGGCCUGCUACUACGCUGCUCAGAUCAUCCAGGGCAUGGAGCAUCUCCACCAGAAGAGAAUAGUCUACAGAGACCUCAAACCAGAGAAUGUGCUGCUGGAUAAUCAAGGUAACGUUCGUAUCUCUGACCUUGGUCUGGCUGUGGAGAUGGCUGAUGAUCAGCUCAAAAUCAAAGGCUACGCUGGGACUCCAGGUUUCAUGGCACCAGAGCUGCUAAAAGGAGAAGAGUACGACUACUCUGUAGACUACUUCACUCUGGGGGUCACUCUGUAUGAGUUUAUCGCUGCUAAGGGACCUUUUAGGACCAGAGGAGAGAAGGUGGAGAACAAGGUACUGAAGAAGCGGAUUCUCAACGACCCCGUGACUUAUCCAGAAAAGUUCAGUGAGAACGCCAGGUCCAUCUGUGAGGGUCUGCUGUGCAAAGAGGUGGACAAGAGGCUCGGCUUCAAGAAUGGAUCAUGUGACGACCUCCGGGUUCACCCUUUCUUUAGCGAGAUCAACUGGAGGAAGCUGAACGCAGGGAUUCUUCCACCACCAUUCGUGCCAGAUUCAAAAACAGUUUAUGCCAAGAACAUCAACGAUGUCGGGGCCUUUUCCACGGUUAAAGGCGUGCAGCUGGAAAAUAAGGACAAUGAAUUUUUUGACGAGUUUGCUUCGGGAAACAUCUCCAUCCCCUGGCAGGAGGAGAUGAUCGAAAUGGGGAUCUAUGGUGAGCUGACAGUCUGGGGCCCCAACAGCACCUUACCCAAUGACCUGCGACGUGAGUCCAUCCUGGAGCAGCCGCCCAAAUCCUCCACCUGCACUUUGUCAUAAGAGGCCAAACAGUGCAUGAAUAACUCUGCAUGAACUGUUAAAUUAUCAGUCAAUCUGACUUUUUUUCUUGAGCACUUUUUGUACAGGGAUUUCCGUACAGGUUAGUGGUUGUGUUAAAUACGAGCACCAGCACUCAUUAGAGUCCUCAUGGACAAGAUGAAAUACUUCUUCAACCAGCUUUUUAUCCUCUUUCCAAUGCUAGCCGAGGUUUAAUGCUAACUGCUCAGUGUAAAAACUGUUCGGUUCAUGUGUACUGAUACUGUCUUUUUCUUUAAUGCCCACAUGUCCCAAUGUUUUCUAACAUUGAACUACUAUUGUUUGGUUUGUUUCCUGUUGUUGGGUUAGUUAUUGAUUAUUAUGUGUCUGAAAUAUAUAACAGAGAAAAACAAACUCAAAUUUCAUCAACCAGUUUCAUCUGGUUGUAAUUUGAACUAACGGUUCUAUUUUAGAAAGCACCACACAAACAUGUUAACACAUUUGUUCAUAUUUCUACUGUUUGCUUCCACAGUUUGUGUUAUUUCAUGUUGCAGCUUCAGAAGU